UUGGGGGCUCUGGGCCCACGUGAUAAACCUCUCAACCUCAAGCAUGCUGUAUAAAGGCUCGGGUUAAUUUCAAAUCCAUGUGCUGAGGUAUUUUUUGAAAGAUGGAGUUGCUAUGGUGUUGGAUAUUUACAGGAUCUCUAAUGUUUGUGGAUAUCAUUUGGACUUUACCCAUCUCUGAGGAACAAUGGUUGAGACCUGAAGAUGUUCAGCUGGCUGAGGGGUACCUGAGGAGAUUCUAUCAGCUGAGAACAUCCAGUAGUAGCCGACAUCAAAGUCGCAAUAGAAGGGAUACCUCCGCCAUGGUGGACAAGAUCAAAGAGAUGCAGGGCUUCUUUGGUCUGGAGCAGACUGGUACUCUAGACCCCCAGACCCUGGCUGUGAUGAGAAGGGACAGGUGUGGAGUUCCAGAUGUAGAGAACUUCAGUGUUUAUCCUAAAAGAACCAAGUGGAGGAACAAAACAAUCACAUACAGGAUUGAGAAGUACACCCCUGAUCUUACAAGAGAGGAAGUUGAUAGAUCCUUCCACUUGGCUCUAAAACUCUGGAGUGAUGCAGCCCCGCUGAACUUUGUCAAAGUGAACAAUGGAAAAGCAAACAUCGUCCUCACGUUCGCAUCAAGAACUCAUGGAGAUUUUUUCCCUUUUGACGGCCCCAAGGGGGUGCUAGCCCAUGCCUUUGAGCCAGGGCAAGGUAUGGGGGGAGAUGUGCACUUUGACGAAGAUGAAACUUGGACAACGGGCCAAGAAAAGCCGGGUUAUAACCUAUUCACUGUUGCUGCCCACGAGUUAGGCCAUUCCCUGGGACUCUCCCAUUCUAAAAACCCCUCAGCACUUAUGUACCCAAACUACAAGUAUUAUGACAGUGCAAAGUACACACUGCCAAGAGAUGACGUGAUGGGUAUCCAGGCAUUGUAUGGCAAGCCUAUCAGAAAACAGGAAACAGUUACCAUCCCUAGAAAGUGUGACCCCAACUUCUCAGUUGAUGCUGUGGCGGUGAUCGGGAAUGAGAUUGUAUUCUUCAAAGACAGAUAUAUGUGGAUCAGGACAACAUGGUCAACGUACUGGAACCAGCUGAGGGAAGGAUUUAGUAGCACAUACCUUCCUGGCAUCAACUCUGCUAUAAAUGCGGCCUAUGACAUCCCAGCCAAGGGAGUGGCGUACAUCUUCACUGGUCCAAAGUACUGGGUGGUUCAACAGCUAAAGAUGAAAAGUCAUUUUGGCUCAAUCUAUGAGUAUGGAUUUCCAUCCACAGUGAAGCACAUUGAUGCUGCUGUUCAUGUCAGUGGCUAUCGGAAAACAUUCUUCUUUGUUGGACAGGUUUAUUAUAGGUAUGAUGAAAACAAAAGGAAGAUGGACCCAGGGUUUCCAAGAAGUUUCCCUUUGGACUUGCUUAGCAUUGUGAGGAAGAUUGAUGCAGCGUUUGAAUUAGAAGGUCAUAUCUACCUCUUUAGCGGGACAAAGGCAUACCUCUACGACUACAGACAAGACAGGGUGCUCAAGAGGAUUCCUGCAAAUGCAUGGCUUGGUUGUUAACUCAUUUAUCAAAAAACACAGGGCCUAUGUAGAGCUCUUAAGAUACAAUUUCUGAUCAUUCAAUUUUCAUGUCUGUUUUUAUGAAUUUUAUAUUCUAGUGGGUUAUAUAUUUUUAGAUGUAUAUUUUUUGUUCUUGAAAUGAACUUUGGAACAGUAAUCAUUUCAGAGGAUUUUUUUGUCUGGUGAGACACUGAGCACUUGUUUGCUUUCUCAUCUUGUAUCAACCAUUGCUUGAAUUUUUAUUAAAUAAUAUUCAUAAGAAAUCAACCGAUCCUGUGUAUGGUAUAUUAUUAUAUAUCAAUAACAUUAGAUAUCAUAAACAUGUAUAUAUCACUUUAUAAUGCUAUUC